AUGGAUUGGCAGGCUCGGGAACUGGUCGAUCUUACGCGAAGAUCGUUGGAUUCGGGGACGAUCGAGUGGGCUGUGAAUAUUGAGAUCUGCGACAUGGUUCUGGCGAACCCCGACUUGAGUAUCGAAAUCGUGCCGAUCAUAGCAGAAGCGAUGAGCACGAGCUCCUCAUCUACAAAUGCUCAAUAUGGGUCAAGAGCUCCAGCCUGGUCUGUAUCUGUAUGGUGAAAAACGAAGUUUUUUACAUUCUCCUGGCUGGAACUGUGGGCCCAUACCUCGCGUGUUGGCACGUUUUCCUCUCCUCGUUGGUUCGUACUUUUUUAUAACAUGUGGUUUAGAUGUAGAUUUGUCUAUCAUCCAUGAAAGUAUAUGUAUGAUUUUUUACUAGACCUAGGUUAGCCAGGCAGGAUGAAAAAAGCAAGAACAUUCAUUGCUUAGCGGGUCCUCGGGAAGCACGGGCGCCACGACGGGAGGACGGAGUACGACGGUGCGGAGCCCUUCUUUGCCGUCACAAACGUCGCUUUUCGCUAACUCACGUCCUGGGAGUCGAGGCACACCGACACCAGCCGCUAUGCUGCAACAAAAGUAGUACUGUUACAUCUACUAGAUUUCCUCUUUUUUUUUGAAGCAUGAGCAAUAGCAUCCAUAUAUCAUUCUAAAAUUGAGACACUCAUCGCACUCUUCAUCCUGAUUCUCAAAAAAUAAUUUUACUUUUAGUGUUAGACGCUGUACACCUUCUACAUCACAUGGAUUCCGUUCUUUCGAUUCGGUAGAAGUUAUUAACUACAAUUAUUUCUCAUCUUCUGCUAAGCAGGUCAUCUGCCUUUGUAACGCAUGUUAUGAACGUUGGGAAAAUGUCGCAGGUUUGUCGAAGCGGGCUUGCCAUAUCAUUGUUGGAGAUGCUGAUCAAGAACUGCGGUAUGGCCUUCGUGCGCUACAUUGAUCGGCGGUUUUGCGAUGUUUGGGAACGCCUCAUCCGGCGUAAGCAGUCUCUCGGCUACAAACUUGCGCGUAAUGUCUUCGGAAUGAUGCUGGGAGGCGCAAGAACUACCUCGUCGAGCUCAAAUGUAAGUAAACUGUAAGAAGUCUUGUUCUUGUGAUUGAAAGUGAAGACGG